AUGAUCAGCCGAGGGCGAAUCAAUAUUUACACGACAGAGAAACUUCGUGAGACUCGAAACACUCAAGUUAGCAACCAAAUGAUCAGCCGAGGGCGAAUCUAUAUUUACACGGCAGUGAAACUUCGUGAGACUAGAAAAACUCAAGUUAGCAACAAAAUGAUCAGCCGAGGGCGAAUCUAUAUUUACACGGCGGUGAAACUGCGUGAGACUCGAAUCACUCAAUUUAUCAACCAAAUGAUCAGCCGAGGGCGAAUCAAUAUUUACACGGCGGUGAAACUGCGUGAGACUCGAAACACUCAAGUUAGCAACCAAAUGAUUAGCCAAAGGCGAAUCUAUAUUUACACGGCGGUGAAACUGCGUGAGACUCGAAACACUCAAGUUAGCAACCAAAUGAUCAGCCAAGGGCGAAUAUAUAUUUACACGACAGAGAAACUUCGUGAGACUCGGAACACUCAAGUUAGCAACCAAAUGAUCAGCCGAGGGCGAAUCUGUAUUUACAGGGCGGUGAAACUUCGUGAGACUCGAAACACUCAAUUUAGCAACCAAAUGAUCAGCCGAGGGCGAAUCAAUAUUUACACGGCGGUGAAACUGCGUGAGACUCGAAACACUCAAGUUAGCAACCAAAUGAUCAGCCGAGGACGAAUCUAUAUUUACACGGCAGUGAAACUUCGUGAGACUCGGAACACUCAAGUUAGCAACCAAAUAAUCAGCCGAGGUCCAAUCUAUAUUUACAAGACAGAGUAA